AUAAACCAUCUGAGGUGAUCCUUGAUUAUAUUCAAUCUUUGCCCGAAGAAUUUUUAGCUUAUCGAUAUCUUUCACUUCAAGAUAUUACAAAUAAUAAUGAUAGCACACCUAUUCUUUCUACUUCUUAUCUUAAAUACAAUUAUCUUCUUUGUUUUGAUUUGAUUUCAAAACAUAAUUGUUCUUGGAUACUGCAUUACGAAAGUUCUUCGAAAGCUGAAAUUAAUAUCUAUACAAAUAAUUUAUUAGAAUUUAUUCAUCAACAAAGAU